GUGACUAUUUAUAUAAAUAAAUACGACAAAAUACACGAGACUAAAUACAAAAUCAGUUAUAUAAUUGGAAAUUGAAUAAUGGACUUGUACGAUAUGGAGAAUCGUUUGAUGGUACUGGACUGCCUCAGAGAGAACUCGGCUAAUAUGCGCAUCGAGCAGACAAAUUUGAAGGAUCGCAUCUCCCAGGCCUUGGUGCGAGCCCGAUCCAGCUUGCUCUGUAUUCGCCAGCUGAACUUUGAGCUGCAGGAAAUGAAGCUGGCUGUGGACAGUGCAUUGGCGACCGACCUUUCGGAUUUCGUAGAUUCGGGAAACGAACUAGCCAAAGAUGCAGUGGAGGAGCGCAUGAUCCAAUUUAUAGAUGGAAUGGCACAAGACGUUCCCAAUGGGGAAAGCCCAUUCGAGUCGAAUGAGAAUUCGAUUGACAAGCAGUAGACAGGACUACGCCACGCCCCGUUUGCUUAAAGCAGUCUGUUCACUAUUUAAGUUGUAUUUUUAGUGAAAUGUUGUUGUUUAAUAAGUCCACAUUAAAAUUACUCCAACCGCAGCGAUUCGAAGCAUGAAAACCAC